GUAGUGUACGGAGUGUAUAGAGUGGAGAGGAUUGGUUUCAUACCAAUUUAGGCAGUGCUCCACACACUCCUCAUCCAUUCAAUAACAGUAUUUCACUCAUUAAUUGAGGGAUAAUUAUUCGGUGGACAACCACUCGAUGGACACUAGGGUUGGUCUCACCAUCGGAUACAUUGUUCCCCUCAGAGUGACUGUUAUUAGCGAUUCCCAGUGGCCGACCCUAACGGACUGGAUGAGUGCUACUCGUGCUGAAUGAGUCCCAUAAUGAGUGCGAUAUUGAGUGAGGGUCAGAAGCAACCGAACCAAUCGCGCCUGUAUUGGGACAUUCAACUCGACCAGGACUUGUUGGAGACAAUCGUGAACAUAUACCCGGAGUGGUUCAACGAGAACAGUAUCCAAGCGAUGACUGAGGGCGCGACCGACUCAUUGAUACCAUUCUUGCAAUCGAUACCAUCGGACGCCGCCUCUCCCCCCACAGUCGACAGCCAAUCACUCCUGAACUCAAUGGACAAGAAUAAGGAAUCGCUGAAAGUCAAGCUUAUGCUCAGACGACCCAUCAAUGAGCUCAUCGAACAGGGAAUCCAUCCGCCACUGGGAUCUUCUCCCGUAUUUCAUCAGCAAAAACAACGGUUAGAACGCGCGAAGACCGGAGACUUCCUGAAGCAUAAGAUCCAACGACGGCCUCAGAGACAGGAACUCGUCGAACAGCACAUCCUCGAGGACACGACCGUCGAUCCGAGUCUUCACGAAAAGCAGAGACAACUAAAGAAAGCGCGUUUAGCCGACGAUCUCAACGACAGGCUAUCUCACCGACCGGGACCUCUUGAGCUCAUCAAAGGUAAUAUACUGCACACGGAUGAGCAGUUCGAGCAGGCGGUCAAAGAGGGUCAGAUCCCCUUCAAGAACACGAGCGAAGGGGAAGUGAUUAAACACCCGCCGCCGCGGUUCGUGUUCGCCAACGAGGAGGAGAGCAGUUCCGACAGCUCGCCCUCCCCUCUCGUCAACACCACACCACCCGAGCAGUCAUUAAAUGGUUUGAUAACAUUCGACGCGGUGACCAACGAUGUGGUGACGACCGCUCCCACGGCCACAGUCGUGGCCACCACUUGCUCGCCGACAAGCGUCUCAUACAUCGUCUCAUCGCCCGUCGCGAGUAUACUCACCUCUCCAUCAACUGUUCACUCGAUUUUGAUUGGCAACGGAAAUGCCGUCACCAUCGCCGCUCCCAAUCCCACGCCAUCUGUGGUGGCGGUCACCUCCGGAGCGGCCGCUCCUAUAAUAAACGCCUCGCCAUUCUGUCAGACGACGAAUCAGAUAUCAGUCAACCUUCCAGUGGUCUCCAGUUUUAAGGAACAUUCUUCUGGCUCUAAGUGUCGCAAAAAAUCCAAAUCCAAAGCGCAGCCAAAGCCGCGAACCAUUAAGUUUCACGAAUACAAAGGACCACCGAAUGCUAAGAGUCAGUUGAACGCAAACCUGUCGUCCACCGAGUCUUCGUACGAACUACUCCUACAACAGCAACAGCUGUUCCUUCAGUGGCAACUGGAAUGGCAACAGAAGUACCCGCAGAUAAUCCUUCCAACGGCUCAAAAGACAAGUUUGGACCAAAUCCAAGACCAGGGAACAGAUGCUCAAAGCGCCGCACACUCGCAAAACAGCCCCAAAUCCGCUUCGACUCCGAACGCUAUACGGACGACAUUUCAAGCGAAACCCAUUAUUAACCCAAAUGUGACCAAUAAUGACAGCAACGGUUCGGUGGGUUCGCCGCGCGACCGCUCCAACAGUAAUGCAUCCGUGAGUCGAGAGUCGAAAUUCAAUUCGUCAGUCGUCGGCAAAAUCAUCUCCAAAUUGGAAGACAUGAAAGUAAGUGAUCUCAAGGCGGAGCUCAAGAAACGCAAUCUUCCCGUCUCGGGACCCAAACAGCAGCUCAUCGAUCGGCUCAAGCCGUUCGUGGACGCAGUGAUGGCCACCGCUAUCGCCAACAGCUCUUUCAUGACCAUCAGUUCGCCCAAUGGUAUGAUUAGUCCCGAAAGUGAGUCCAAACCAAUCACACCGAAUGGCGAUGUGGUUAAGAUGGAGCCCACGUGUGAUUCGGUGCCGAUGUCGCCGAACGCAGUCAUGUCGUCCCCCGACCACAGCGUCGACCCUAAGUCCGAACCAAUGGAUGUGAAAUCGCCGGAAAAUAAUGUGAUGGAAGUGGACGCCAUGGCUGAAGAUGUCGAUCAAAACAAUUCAAUGGAUUUGGGAACUGACGGCUCCGUCCACACCACAAACCAGACGAACGACGAAAUAGUUUUAAUACAACAGAAAAGGAUAAGUGAAUUGCAAAGAGAGCUACAGAAGUCUCAAAUGCAGUUACAUUUGCAACAAACGGCUGGCCUUCCGAUGGACUCGCAAUCAGUCGUAAACGCGCCUCAAAUACACAUCAUAUCGACGCCAAACGCUGAGCUCUCAGUGGACGGCGCCACACAGAAAUCACUUCAGCGACAGUUACUUCAGCAACAUUUGCAGCAAAAACUGCAGCAAAACCUCAAUUUGAAGCCUCAAACGCCUACUAAUGAGACCAAUUUGGCGACACUCCUGACGAACGGCACGAUAUCGCCGUCAGUGAAGGCGAGUUUAGCCGCUUUCCUACAAAGUCAACAACAACUGCAACAACAAAAUCAAAGCCUAACACCGAAACUGAUUACAACGCAAAACGUGACGCCUAUUCAGCAAAUUGUUUUGUGUCCAACAAUUUGUGCCACAACUGAGACCAUUGCCACUCAAGAGCCCGAAGGAGGGAAACAGCGGACAAAUUCCCUGCCGAACGGAUUGUCCCAUAAAUUCCUUACCCAUUCGUCCCUCAGGACGGCUUCCCUUCCAAACUUCAAUUCAAUACUUACGAGUCAUCCGCCAAACGGCGACCAAAAGACGACGACGCCAUCAGCCGAAGUGAAGCCACACCUGAUUGUGACGAAGUGUCCGCCCAAUUACGACGAGGCGACCAAACAGAUGAACAAACCUAAAGACAAGAAGAAGUCCGUCAAGAGUCAGGAGUUGGACGAUGUGCUCAAAAUACUUAUCAAAAACGGUGAACUGCCUCCCAGUGCGGCACAGGAUCCCACCACUCCUACCACACCGGAGAAGGUGUUGUCACUCAAGAAUCAAACAACGAAUCCCUUCGAAACCGAUGAACAAAACCAGUCGAGUAUUAACUUCGACAGCAAUAACAACGCCGAAAGCGCGGCAAUCGGUCACAACUCGAUGGCCGCCUCCGCGGGCAAGAGUGAGGCCUCCAAACACGACCCCAUCCUUCCCAACACGAUGUUCGGCGGCACUCUCGUCGACCCAUUAGGCGACCUUUUCUUCGACGACACGGAUUUCAAGUCGACCCUUGACUUGGGAUCUCUGAUGUGGGAUAAAGUGGAUUUCGCCACCUGA